AGGAAGAAGAAGGUCGGCGCGGCGCCAAAACCCUCGAAGCGGAAGGAGGUCGAGCAACCGCAACCGCAGGUUGUAGAGAGGCCCCGCAAGACCCUUCGCAUAGCGGAGCCAACCGUCCAAGCGGCGAAGCAACUGCCCGCGACGCCACAAUUGUCCGCCGCGCAGCAGCUCUCACUGGCGCUUUCGGAGCCCGAGGCGACGGUGAGCCGGCCCGCUCGUCGAGGGGGGGAUGGGGCUGGCAGCUCAUCCGGGACAUCCGCUACCACUCCUCCCGUCAGCGCUGUACCUCCUUCCGCCACCGUCCACCAAGUCCGCGACGUGCGGAUUCACACCGCCGCGGCGUGCAACUUGGUGUCAGCCAAUCAUGCGCUUCGGGCGAUCGGGCCCAUUCUCUCCGUUCCCCCGCGGGUGGAGAAGACGGACCCUCUUCACGAUCUGGCGCAGAUCCAUUUCGCGGGUUUGUCGGCGACCUUUCGCGCUCAGCAAGAGCGCGCCUCGAUGCGCGCCAAGAUGAAGGCCGACGAGGCGCAAAUCGUGCAGCUGGAGGGGAAGGUCCUCGGGGCGAACAAUCGCGCGGAGGACGCUACCUCUAAGGCCAACGAGGCACUGGAGUCACUCGGCCUUUUGCAGAGCCGAUUGGCCGCGGACGUUGAGGCGGCCAAAGAGCAGGUGCGGAACGAGGAGCGCACUGCUCUCCGAGAAGAACUGGAAGUCUCCUUUUCUGAGAGAUUGCGCAAAGCUCGCGAGGAGUUCCAGAAGGAGAAGGACGACCUUGUUCGCCUUCACACCGUUGCUAAGGCGGAGGCCGUUCGCGCAGCUGAAGUCGCGGCCGUCCGCCAGUUCAAGUCUUCCCAACCUUUCGGGAAGAUCAUGGCGGAUGCCAUGACCAAGGCCGUGAUAGCGGUUGGUAAGAAGAUCCGCCCUGAGAAUCCGGGGAUGCGCUGGGACACUCGCGAGAUGGUUCAGCACGUCAAAGUGUGGAUCAGCGAGAAGCGUCCUUUGGAUUCUGACUCCGAGUCCGAGGAAGAGGAGGAGGAAGAAGUGGAGCGCCGGGAGGAGGUUGAGCGUCCGACAGGGGAGGAGAGGAAGGAUGGAGAGGUGGCCGACGAAGAUGAGGAGGACGAGGAAGAAGAGCGUCCUCUAUUGCGCCGCAAGUUGAGCAGGGAGGGCGGACAGCCCGAUACUGGUUCUGCUUAGAUGUGGCCCAAUUGAGCCUUAGCUGUUUUGUUGUUUUCUUG